GAGACGAGAUCAACGGUGAUCAACGGUUGAUCGUUUUUAGAAUUGUGCAUGAAUAAGACAACGUGUUUGCCUGGUUUGCGGGGUUUGCCACAGUUUGGUCGGUCCUGUUUUAACGUUAUUUUAUACAUCUCUGAAUUUCCUUCGAAAGCAGCACGAUGCACCACGAACUGGUCAACACGGUCGCUCCUAAAAUCAAGGACAGAAAACCUUUGCACACACUGCAGCCAGCAGCCACCGAUAAAGACACUUUAGUUGGUGCUGACAGGACUCUUAGAUCUUGCAAAUCGAAAGAGGCAAAAACGAAACAGGAUGUAACAAAUACAGGGGAAAAAGAUACUUCAAAAUGCACAAAAGUAACUAAGAAGAAUAAGGCUGUCCAGACUACACGAGAGAAGAUACAAAUUGAAGUAGAAGAUUUAACAUCAGACAAUCCUAGUGAGAACUAUUGGCAAAUUCUGGCUGAAAGAAAACAAACGGCACUUGUGGAUGCCUUAGAAGAAAAUAAAAAGCUCGUACAACAGAUUGAAAAGUUAGUAGAGGAAAAUCAUGUUUACAAGGAAAUGUUGGAUGAGAUGAGAACACUUGUUGAAGUACUACAGGAGCAAAUUGAAGACGAUAGAAGCGAUAUUGAAGAUGAAGACGAUAGAAACGAUAUAAAUAAUUCGUUAGAUGACAGUGCUCUUUGAUGUGAGUUUGCUCAUUGAAUUCCUCAAACAUAAGAAAAGACUAAUAUACUAGUGACUACGCUGAUAAUUUAUAAAAAAAUAUUUAUAAUUUUAGCAAAGUGUUCAAAGUAUUUGAUUGCCAUUUGCACAUCUAGCCAUUCAACAUUUUAAAGUUUGACGUAAACAAAUAACAUUUCUUUUUCUCUUGUAAUAGAGUUAUUUAACACUUUAUAUUAAUAUCGCAAAUUGUUAACCGUUAAUGUUAGAGAUAUACAAGUAACAAAAAUUAAAAUUAAUCAGCUUUUUAACAUGUAUAAAACGAUAAGAGGACAGUUAGAAUACAAAAUUUUCUGUUUAAAAUAUCUUUAUGACAAAGAGCAGUUUUGUCUGUUCCAGUAAAUAUAUUUCAAGUGCCAAGUAAAGUUAUUAGAUAUAAACGUAUUAAUGUGUAUAGCCAUUAAGAAUUAAAAAGUUAUUUAAUCUAAA